AUGGACGGCGGCGUAGGGAAGGCGGGUCGAGAUAGGCCUUCGUCGAGGUCGCAUCCAUACGACAAACGAAAGGAGUCGUCAGGCAGGUCGGGCCCACCGCCAGACGAGCGCACGGAGAACAAGCUGUAUGUGGGCAACCUGGACCACCGCGUCACCGAGUACCACGUGAUCAAGAUGUUCACGCCGUACGGCAAGAUCCGUCGGGAGGAGUAUCUGUGGCACACAUACGGGCCCAAGCGGGGCGAGCCCCGUGGCUAUGCUUUUGUUGAGUACAGCAAACGAGAGGAAGCUGAGCUGGCUCGGUCCAAGAUGAACGGUCGGAUGGUGUUUGGGCGGCCGCUGGUGGUGCGAUUCGUGGAUGAGAAGGUGGUCACGUACAACACCGACGCCCCCGUUUGGAACCGAAACACCGCCACCACCACUGCUGCACCCGCCACUGCUGCCGCUUCUGCUCCUGGUGCUCCCAGUGCUGCUGGGGCUGCAGGUGUGGGGAGAGGAGGGGGUGCGGGAGCAGCGGUGGCGGCAGCGUCGGCAGCAGACAGUGCCAAACGGGCGCGGGUGGCGGCGAUUCAGAGCAAGUUGAGAGCCAUGGAGCAGGAGGACCGGCAGCGCAAGCAGGGCCAGGCUCCCAAGUCUAUGAACAUGAUUCGCCCUCCGCCUUCGGGGUUUGCGGGUGGGUUUCCCUCCGUUGCGGGGAGGGGGGAUGGGGGAGAUGGUGGAGGAGGGGAUAGAGAAGCCUCCCCUGCCAUGGAGACUCAGGGUACCGAUGUGGAGACGUUCGCUUUUCAGGCUGAGAUCAACCAGCUGCUCAGUCUGAUCAUCAACACCUUCUACAGCAACAAGGAGAUCUUCCUUCGCGAGCUCAUCUCUAAUGCAUCUGAUGCUCUGGACAAGAUUCGGUUCGAGUCGCUAACGGACAAGAGCAAGCUGGACAAGCAACCGGAGCUGUUCAUCCACAUCGUCCCCGACAAGACCAACAAGACCCUCUCCAUCAUUGACUCCGGCAUCGGCAUGACCAAGGCUGAUCUGGUGAACAAUCUCGGAACCAUUGCGCGAUCCGGCACCAAGUCGUUCAUGGAGGCUCUAUCAGCCGGCGCGGACAUCAGCAUGAUCGGGCAGUUCGGCGUGGGGUUUUACUCGGCGUAUUUGGUGGCGGACAAGGUGGUCGUUCACACCAAGCACAACGACGACGAGCAGUACAUCUGGGAGUCGCAGGCUGGCGGUUCCUUCACCGUCGCGCGUGACACCGGCGAGGACCUCGGACGCGGAACCAAGAUCGUGCUGCACUUGAAGGAGGAUCAACUGGAGUACCUGGAGGAGCGUCGGCUCAAGGAUCUGGUGAAGAAGCACAGCGAGUUCAUCAGCUACCCGAUCUCGCUGUGGGUGCAGAAGACGACUGAGAAGGAGGUGGACGAGGAGGACGAGGAGGAGGAGAAGGAGGAGGAGGAGGGCAAGGUGGAGGACGUGGAUGAGGAGAAGGAGAAGAAGACGAAGAAGGUGAAGGAGGUGACGAGCGAGUGGGAGCUGAUCAACAAGCAGAAGCCCAUUUGGAUGCGCAACCCGGACGAGAUCUCCAAGGAGGAGUACGCCGCGUUCUACAAGAGCCUCACCAACGACUGGGAGGAGCCGCUCGCGUACAAGCACUUCGCCGUUGAGGGACAGCUGGAGUUCAAGUCGAUCCUGUUCGUGCCGAAGCGCGCGCCGUUCGACCUGUUCGACGGGAAGAAGAAGGCGAACAACAUCAAGCUAUACGUGCGGCGCGUGUUCAUCAUGGACAACUGCGAAGAGAUCAUCCCCGAGUACCUGGGCUUCAUCAAGGGCAUCGUCGACUCCGAGGACCUCCCGCUCAACAUCUCCCGCGAGAUGCUGCAGCAGAACAAGAUCCUCAAGGUGAUCAAGAAGAACAUCGUGAAGAAGUGCCUGGAGCUGUUCGCGGAGAUCGAGGAGAACAAGGAGGACUAUGCCAAGUUCUACGAGGCGUUCGGCAAGAACCUCAAGCUGGGCAUCCACGAGGACUCGCAGAACCGCGCCAAGCUCGCCGACCUGCUGCGCUACCACAGCACCAAGUCCGGCGAGGAGAUGACCUCCCUCAAGGACUACGUCACGCGCAUGAAGGAGGGGCAGUCAGUGAUUUACUACAUCACUGGCGAGAGCCGCAAGGCCGUUGAGAACUCGCCGUUCCUGGAGAAGCUGAAGAAGCGCGGGUAUGAGGUGCUGUUCAUGGUUGACCCCAUUGAUGAGUAUGCGGUGCAGCAGCUCAAGGAGUACGAUGGGAAGAAGCUUGUGUCCGCCACCAAGGAGGGGCUGAAGCUGGAGGAGACGGAGGAGGAGAAGAAGAAGAAGGAGGAGACCAAGGCGGCAUUCGAGCCGCUGUGCAAGCUGAUGAAGGAUAUCCUGGGAGACAAGGUGGAGAAGGUGCAGGUGUCGGACCGUAUUGUGGACUCGCCGUGCUGCCUGGUGACGGGCGAGUAUGGGUGGAGUGCGAACAUGGAGAGGAUCAUGAAGGCGCAGGCGCUGAGGGACAGCAGCAUGAGUAGCUACAUGAUGAGCAAGAAGACCAUGGAGAUUAACCCAGAGAAUGGCAUCAUUCAGGAGCUGAAGAAGCGCGCUGAUGCGGACAAGUCGGAUAAGACUGUCAAGGACCUCGUUCUGCUUCUCUUCGAAACUGCCCUUCUUACCUCGGGAUUCAGCCUGGAGGAGCCCAACACAUUCGGUGGCCGCAUUCACCGCAUGAUCAAGCUGGGUCUGAGCAUUGAUGACGACCUGCCUGCUGAUGACGAUGCUGACAUGCCUGCUCUUGAUGAGGGUGCGGAUGAGGGCUCCAAGAUGGAGGAGUCGGCAGUCAAGGUUGCACCUUCCAAGCCAGCAGCAAACGCUGCUGCUUCCAAGCCAGCAACAAAGGCUGCUGCUUCCAAGCCAGCAGCAAAGGCCGUAGCUUCCAAGCCUGCAGUCAAGUCUGCAGCUCCCAAGCCUGCAGUCAAGGCUGCAGCUCCCAAGCCUGCAGUCAAAACUGCAGCUACCAAGCCUGCAGACAAGGCUGCAGCUCCCAAGCCUGCAGUCAAGGCUGCAGCUCCCAAGCCUGCAGUCAAGGCUGCAGCUCCCAAGCCUGCAGUCAAGGCUGCAGGUACCAAGCCUGGAGUCAAGUCUGCAGCUCCCAAGCCUGCAGUCAAGGCUGCAGCUCCCAAGCCUGCAGUCGAGCCUGCAGCUCCCAAGCCUGCAGUCAAGGCUGCAGCUCCCAAGCCUGCAGUCAAGGCUGCAGCUCCCAAGCCUGCAGUCAAGGCUGCUGUUCCCAAGCCUGCAGCCAAGGCUGCAGCUCCCAAGCCUGCAGUGAAACCAACAGCAGCCCCUGUUAUGGCCAGAGCCAGUGCUGCUCGUGUGGCCCCCCUAAGGCAGGUACUGCAGAAAGGGUCGCAGGGAAGAACAAGGAGGACAAGUGGGUAA